AGAAAGAGUGGAGGAAGAGAGAGAGGGAGGGAGGGUGAGAGAGUGUAGAGAGAGAGAGUGGGUGAAGAGAGAGAGGUAGAGGCAGGUAGAGAGGGGCAGAGACAGGUAGAGAGGGGCAGAGACAGGUAGAUAGGUGAGAGAGAGGCGAACACAUACAGGUGUGAAAGAGAGAGAGGCAGGUGCGUGGGUAGAGAUUCUGAAACAGGUCCAAAUGGAUUUAGGUAGCCGGCUAACCCGGGGUAACUCGAUAUAUUUAAAGACCCCCAGCACCAGCAGCUUGAUCGGGGGCAGCGCUCAUCGCCGGGCCAGUACUGCCCGCAGCCUGCAGGGAGACAUGGGGCGAGGCAUGCGGCUGAUCGCUAACGGGCCGGCCCUGGGCUCCGGCAGCAGCCGCUUCGGCCUCUCGCAGUCCGCUAACCAACAGGGCGAGCUGCAGGAACUGAACAAGCGGCUGGCCAGCUACCUCAACAAGGUGAAGACCCUAGAGAGCGCAAACAAGGAACUCGACAUCAAGAUCAAGGGGAUUCUGGCCAAUAAAGGCGUCCACACUCGAGACUGGAGCUCCUACGAGAAGCCCGUGUUGGACGUUUCUCAACAGGUACAGGACACGAACUUGGACAAUGCCGGCCUGACCUUGCAGCUGGACAACUGUGAACUCGCCUCUGAUGACUUCAAGGUCAAGUGGCAGUCGGAGCUGGACCUGCGGCAGUCGGUGGAGCAAGACCUCAAUGGUCUGCGGCGGAUCCUGGACGACACUAACCUGGGCCGCGGGCAGCUGGAGGCUCAGAUCGACGUCAUGAACGAGGAGCUGAUCUUCCUCCGCAAAAACCACCUGGAGAAGGUGGAUGAUCUUCGAGCCCAGAUCUCCAAGUCUGACGUCUCGGUGCAGCUGGAAGACUCGGAGGAGGAUGACUUGGGGCAGGUGAUCAACAAGAUCCGUGAGGAAUACCAGGCUCUGGCUGACCAGAACAAGAAGAAGGCGGAGGAGUGCUACAAGAAGAAGUUUGAUGCAGCAUCGCAGGAAGUGAGCAAGACCAGCGAGGCUCUGCAGGCCAUCAAGCAAAGCAUCACCGAGCAGCGGCGGCAAAUCAAAAUCCUGGAGGUGGAGCUACGCAUGUUGGGGGCCACGAUUCACUCCCUGGAGGACACGCUCCAGGACACGGAGGAUCGAUCAGCGCUGGAGUUACAGCGGAUCAAUAACACCAUUGCCAGCCUGGAGCAGCAGCUGGCCAAGCUGCAGGAGGACAUGAAGGUCCGGGCAGCCGACUACCAGGACCUGCUCAACAUCAAGAUGAGACUGCAGGCCGAGAUCGACACCUACCGCAAGCUGCUGGAGGGAGACGGAUUAAGUAAAUCAGACCAGUUAAAAGCCACUGCAACCUUCGGAGAGGCUCGGAAAGGCACUAAGAAAGUCAUCAUCAUCUCUCAGCGGUUCAUGGAUGGGAAGGUUAUUUCCGAGAAGCAGGAAUCUGAGGAGAUCUUGGAGUGAUGAUCUUCUGAGCGCGGGACAGGGCCGCGGGGUGGAGGGGCGGUGGGGGGGACGGUUCUGCCACGUUAGCGGCUGGGGCUGCAUGAGGGUUGGUGUUGCUAUCUGUCAGCUGGGAGCAAGAGGCAAGGUGGGAAACUAAGGGGAGCGGCUAUAUCUCCUAACUAAACUAAAGCAUCUGCAAUCAUGAGAGGAAUAGACUGGGUUGAUGAUGCACAGGUAUUUGAAGGAAUGAAUGAAUGAAGUUUAUCGGCCAAGUAUUCACAUACAAGGAAUUUGCCUUGGUGCUCCGCCCGCAAGUGACACAUAAAUGACACAUAAAACAUUAAUAAUGAAACAUUAUUGAUUAAACAUGUGGAUUAAAUAAAAUACCACAGCAAAAGGAGGCGACAUGUUUUUGGUUAUUGAGUGGAGCUACAUGGGUGGGACAGGGAUGUGGACCAAACGCGGGCAGGUGGGACUGGUGUAGAUGUGACGCGCUGGCCGGUGUGGACAAGUUGGGCCGAAGGGCCUGUUUCCACUCUGUAUCACUCUGGAGUUUAGAAGGAUGAGAGGGAAUCUUAUUGAAACAUAUAAGAUUAUUAAGGGUUUGGACACGCUAGAGGCAGGAAACAUGUUGGGGGAGCCCAGAACCAGGGGCCACAUCAGAGCCCCGGGUCUGUGUGUCGAGUUUGUACAUUCUCCCUCCCUGUGGGUUUUCUCCGGGUGCUCCGGUUUCCUCCCACAUCCCAAGGACGUGCGGGUCUGUAGGUUAAUCGGCCCCUCUAUAAAUUCCCCCUACAGUGCAGGGGGUGGAUGAGAAAGUGGGAUAACAUAAUAGGGGCAGGAGGAGGCCAUUCGGCCCUUCGAGCUAGUACCACCGUUCAAUGUGAUCAUGGCUGAUCAUCCACAAUCAGUACCCCGUUCCUGCCUUCUCCCCAUAUCCCCUGACUCCGCUAUCUUUAAGAGCCCUAUCUAGCUCUAUGCUAAAUCUAUGCUGUAAACUGCUGCUAAAUGUAUGGGGGGGUCAAAUCUUAAUGAGAAUUAGUUUGGUUUUUAGUUUAGUUUAGAGAUACAAGGCGGAAACAGGCCCUUCGGCCCACCGAGUCCGUGCCGACCAGCGAUCCCUGCUCACUAACACUAUCCAACACACACACACACACAAACACUAUCCAACACACACACACAUACACACACAAACACUAUCCAACACACACACACACACACACACACACACACACACACACACACACACACACACACACACACACACACACACACACACACACACACACACACACACAAA